UCAGAAUCAGAAUCGAAUGAAGAUGCAUCAUCAUUGUCAUCAUUGUUAUCGAUCGGUGAUGAUCAUCAUUUUGGCCACAAAAUCUCUUCUUUCUCUCCAUCGGUGUGUUUUUUGUGAUUAAUCAAUUGAUUGAUUGAUUGGACAUCAACAGACCUCCAACAUUAUCAACGUUUAUCAACGUUUAUAAUCUUCAUUCGUAAACGAUAAUGGAUCCAACAUAUUUAGCAAGUUUAAAUAAUACCUAUGAAUUAGAAUUAUUAAAUGAUCGAUGGCAAAUAAUAUUAAUUGUUUGGUAUAGUUCAACAGCAAUUUUAUCAUUAAUAUCAAAUAUUUUGGCUAUAUUUAUAUUAAUAACAUCUGAUCGUUUUAUGUCUGAAAUAUGGAAAUAUUUAGUAAAUCUAUCGGUUGCUGAUAUAUUAAUGGCAAUGUUUUCCAUACCAUUUACAUAUACAUCAUUCAUGUUGGGACAAUGGAUAUUUCCAACAUGGCUUUGUCCAUUGAUACAAUCUGUACAACUUUGUUCUGUUUAUGUUUCUGUUUAUACAUUAGCUGUUAUUGGUUUUGAUCGUUAUUUUGCAAUCAUACAUCCAUUUAAUCAUCCGAUAAUUUAUUUGAAAACACAUCGUUUAUUAAUUAUAAUUAUAAUUUGGAUUACUGGUGUAAUGUUUUCAUUUAUACAACUGAUACAAACACGUGCUGUACCAUUCCGAUAUCGUAAUCAAAUAUUAUAUGAUUGUAAAGAAUUAUGGGGACAAAAUGAAGGACAAUAUUAUACAAUAUUUUUAUUUAUUAUAACAUUUGGCCUUCCAAUAUCCAUACUAAUAUUUGUUUAUGCAUCAAUCGGACUACAUUUAUGGCGAAACAAAAUUCCUGGUAAUCCUGAAAUGAUACGUGAUUCAGCUAAAUGGCAACAAAAAAUUAAAAUUAUUAAAAUGUUAAUUAUGAUUGUUUUGAUAUUUGUUUUAUGUUGGUUACCGAUACAUAUACAUUCAUUUAUUGUUUGGUUUCAUCCAAUACGUUUUCAAACUUAUUUAGGUUAUCUAUUGUAUGUUAUAUCAUUUUUUAUUUGUCAUUGGCUUGCAAUGGCACAUAGUUUUCUUAAUCCAUUUAUUUAUGGUUUUAUGAGUGAAAAUUUUAAGACAAACUUUCAUCGAUUAUUCUGUCAAACAACAACAACAACAACAUCAGCGGCAAUGAAAUUACGUAAAAAACAUAAAAAACAACAAACGAAACGAAAAUGUUUAUUAUCAUCCAACACGAUAGAAAGAGGCGUACAACAACAACAACAACCAUUACCGCAACUACCACCAUCGCAACAAGCACGUGUUGAUGGUAAUAAUAUUGGUGGCGUUCUUGACAAUGGUCGUGAUAAUGUUGUCAUGGAUGAUAUUGAUCUGGAUCAUGAUCAUAAUGAUCAUCAUAUAGCUGAAUUAGAUAAUCCAAGUACAACAACAGCAACAACAACAAAUAUUAUGAUGAUAACUGCAAAUGAAUCGAUUAUUUCAUCAUCAAUAUCAUCAUCAUAUACAUGAUUCAUUAUUAUGAUGAUUUGAAUUUUGGCGCCAUCAUUUUUGACCUUGUCAUUUUGGAAAAAAAGCCAUCUUGUCAUUUCGUGUUGGAUAUAUUGAUCCACAUAUGGAAACUAUGUUUGUUUGGUUUUCCCGUGUUUUCUUUCUGAUUUUUUUUGUUUGUUAAUGUUGAAUUUACCAAAGUGCAAGCCAUA